GGGAUAAAUAGGUCCCGCAAUGGCCGGGGCUGACUGCGCUCGGAGCUGCGUGGCCGGGGACUGGAGCGGCCAGGUCGGGUUCGCGCCCGGGAGGUUGAGGGCUGGCGCUGCUCGCGCUACGUGCGCCGGACGGCGGAUACCCCCGGCCGGCCCCCGCGUCCCUGCAUUGCUGCCCACAGGAGUUUAGGGCUAGCACAUCCCCUGUACCCUAAAGGACUUCCUCCUUCGCGGAGGGAGAGAGAGAGACUAGGGAGGCGGGAAGAGAAGGGCCCAUUCUGCCUGUCGGGGUGGCGGCGCGGGAGGGCAGUGCCAUGCUCCUCUCCAUCCUGACCGCGCUGUGCCUGUGGCUGCGCCUGGCGCUGGGAGUGCGCGGCGCGCCCUGCGAGGCGGUGCGCAUCCCCAUGUGCAGGCACAUGCCCUGGAACAUCACGCGAAUGCCCAACCACCUGCACCACAGCACGCAGGAGAACGCCAUCCUGGCCAUCGAGCAGUACGAGGAGCUAGUGGACGCGAACUGCAGCUCCGUGCUGCGCUUCUUCCUCUGCGCCAUGUACGCGCCCAUCUGCACCCUGGAGUUCCUGCACGACCCCAUCAAGCCGUGCAAGUCGGUGUGCCAGCGCGCGCGUGACGACUGCGAGCCCCUCAUGAAGAUGUACAACCACAGCUGGCCCGAGAGCCUGGCCUGCGGCGAGCUGCCUGUCUACGACCGGGGCGUGUGCAUCUCGCCCGAGGCCAUUGUCACCGACCUCCCGGAGGACGUUAAGUGGAUAGACAUCACUCCAGACAUGAUGGUACAGGAAAGGCCUCUUGACAUUGACUGUAAACGUCUAAGCCCCGACCGUUGCAAGUGCAAAAAGGUGAAGCCGACCCUGGCAACGUAUCUGAACAAAAACUACAGUUACGUCAUUCAUGCCAAAAUAAAAGCCGUGCAGAGGAGUGGCUGUAAUGAAGUAACGACAGUGGUGGAUGUGAAAGAGAUCUUCAAGUCCUCAUCGCCCAUCCCUCGAACUCAAGUCCCACUCAUUACGAAUUCUUCCUGCCAGUGCCCUAACAUCCUGCCCCAUCAAGAUGUUCUCAUCAUGUGUUACGAGUGGCGCUCACGGAUGAUGCUUCUUGAAAAUUGUCUAGUUGAAAAAUGGAGAGAUCAACUUAGUAAAAGAUCCGUACAGUGGGAAGAGAGGCUGCAGGAACAGCAGAGGACAGUCCCGGACAAGAAGCAAACGGCGGGGCGCACCAGUCGCAGUAACCCCCCGAAACCCAAGGGGAAGCCGCCUGCUCCCAAACAAGCCAGCCCCAAGAAGAACAUUAAAGCUAGGAGUGCUCCAAAGAGAACAAACCCGAAACGAGUGUGAGCUAACUGCUUUCCAAAAUGGGGACUUCGUCUCAGGGCGAGGCCGGGCAUUGCCCAGAUAGCCCGUAGAAGGCCACACACCCCUUGCCUUAACAACUACAGUCCUCUUCAUAGACACAUCUUGCAGCAUUUUUCUUAAUGAUACACUUCAAUUCUUCUUUUUAAGUCACUACAAGCCAUAGUAGUAGGUAUGCCCUUUGCUACAGAAGGUAUAGGAAAGCUGGUCAAAAAAGCUUAUCACAUUGAGAGUAAACCGUGUGCAUACUCUAUGAAAGCUCCACAUGGGGAAAGAUGCUUUUAUUCUUACAGUUUGACCUAAUAUGUGCAUUGUAAAAUAGAUGCCAUAUUACAAACAAAA